UGCCGGUCGGGCCCCGCGGAAAUGGGCGAGCAUAAUCUCCUGAAUCCUGGGUUUGUGGGACCGCUGGUGAACAUCCACACAGGAGACACCUUUUACUUCCCCAACUUCCGCGCGUCAGGGGCGCAACUCCCCGGGCUGCCUUCGCUGUCCUACCCACGUCGCGACAACGUGUGUUCGCUGCCCUGGCCGUCCGCCGAGCCGUGCAAUGGCUACCCGCAGCCCUAUCUCGGCAGCCCGGUGUCACUCAACCCGCCUUUCGGCCGCACGUGCGAGCUGGCUCGCGUGGAGGAUAGCAAGGGGUACUACCGCGAGCCGUGCGCUGAGAGCGGCGGCGGGGGCCUAAAGCGGGAGGAGCGCGGGCGCGAACCCGGAGCGGGGCCCGGAGCAGCGCUGCUGCAGCUGGAGCCGUCGGGGCCGCCUGCCCUCGGCUUCAAGUACGACUACACGGCGGGCGGCGGUGGUGGUGACGGCGGCACGGGACCCCCUCACGACCCACCCUCGUGCCAGUCACUGGAAUCCGACUCCAGUUCGUCCCUACUCAACGAGGGCAACAAGGGCGCCAGCGCGGGCGACCCUGGCCCUCUGGUAUCGCCGUUGAACCCAGGUGGCGGGCUCCCAGCCAGCGGCGCGCCCUGGUACCCGAUCCACAGCCGCUCGCGAAAGAAGCGUAAGCCGUAUUCCAAGUUGCAGCUGGCGGAGCUGGAGGGCGAGUUUCUGGUCAACGAGUUCAUCACACGCCAGCGUCGGAGGGAACUCUCGGACCGCUUGAAUCUUAGUGACCAGCAGGUCAAGAUUUGGUUCCAGAAUCGGAGAAUGAAAAAGAAAAGACUUCUGCUGAGGGAGCAAGCUCUCUCCUUCUUCUAGGAGACAGGACGCGCGCGCUAGCCCCAGACUGAGCCUGCCUCGGUGGAGCAAGACGGGGCGCAGCCUGGGACACAGUCCCGCUUACCACGCCAGGCCUCUGGCAGGCUCUCCCUGGACGUCUCUUGUCUGUUUUGUUCGUGGUUCCCUCCCACACACCCCCACCCCCAGCAGGCCCUGCCGUCCCGAGAGAAGGGAGUAAACCUAGCCAGAGAAGACAGAAGCCCAGAGGGGCAAGGGCAAGCUGGGACACUGUGGAGGGGUGGUUUAUUUGAGGCCGGACUGGAGUGCUGGGCCUCCCGCUGAGGUAGUGGGAAAGUAGCAUCUCAGACGUAC